AUGUGGAAAAUAAUUUUUCUCGUAGUUGUCAUUGAAGUUUGUGUUAUAAGUUGUGAAGAAGAUCCGAUUGUUUGUAUCGACAAUGGAUGUAUCAGAGGAAAAUCUUUUAAAGGGAAUCAGAAGGCGUUUGAAGGCUUUUUGGGAAUUCCAUAUGCAAAGCCACCAACGAACGAAUUGAGAUUGAAAGAUCCUCAACCAACUGUGGAGAAAUGGAAUGACGUUUAUAACGCAACAGAAGAGAAAAUGUUUUGCAUGCAAAAAAAUUACUUCUUGCCAAAUCCCACAGUUUCAGGUGUUGAAGAUUGUCUUUAUCUUUACAUCUAUCGACCAAAAAAUGUAAUGAGAAAUCGACGUAAGCUUCUUCCUGUCAUAAUUUAUCUCCAUGGCGGUGGAUUUUUUGCUGGCACUGCAGGUCCAAGCAUUACUGGUGCUGAUUUCUUUAUGGAUACUGAAGAUGUGAUAGUUGUCACAAUGAAUUAUCGUCUUGGGCCUCUGGGAUUUUUAUCAACAGGUGAUAUUAAUAUGUCAGGGAAUUUUGGAUUGAAAGAUCAAGCUUUGGCCAUUAAAUGGACCAAGGAUAACAUCAAAGCUUUUGGAGGUGACGCUUCAAAUAUCGCAUUAAUGGGUCAAUCUGCUGGUGCAUCAAGCGCUCAUCUUCAUAUGAUGUCGAGUCCAAAGUGGAGUCGAAAUUUGUUUCAUAAAACAAUAAUGUUGAGUGGGAAUGGCAACGGGCCGUAUUUUUACGUUAUUGAGAAUCCUUUGAAACAAGCUAAAGAGUUUGCAAAAGCAAUUGGAAUAAAAGAUUAUGAUGAAAUGCAAUCGGAAGAGUUGGCAAUAAAUCUUCGAAGGGUUGAUCCAGAAAUAUUAAUAAGAGCUUGUGAUAAACUUAAAAUUUGGAGCAUUGAUCCGCUUACAAUCUCAAGGCCAGUUGUUGAGGAUUGUCAAACUCAUAAUGGAUUUUUAUGCAACAAUCCUGUGGAAAUAUGGCGUUCUGGAGACUAUGUAAGAGUUCCAAUGUUAACAGGAUUUAUGGAUGGCGACGGCGGAGUUCGUGCAUUGGCGAUUCUUGAAAACAAAACGCAACUUCAUGAUCUUAAUGAAAGAUUCGAUGAACUAUUUCCAAAGUUAAUGGAGAUCGAGAAUAAAUCAUCAGAAAUGAAUUUCAAACACCUCAAUAUGAUCAAGAAAAGAUAUUUCAGAGGGAUAAGUGAAAUAAGUAAUGAAACUUCAAACGACUUGAUUAGAAUUUACACAGAAAGAUCAUUCAUAACACCACUUUUCAAUACUUUAAGUCAACAUGUUCAACAGGAUAAAAAGACGCCUGCAUAUCUUUACAAGUUUUCAUUCAACAGUUCUUUGUCUUAUUCUUCCUUUUUCACUGGAAAUUCAAAAAACUAUGGUGCUGUUCAUUGUGAUGAAUUAAUUUAUCUAUUAAAGUCACCAGCAAUAUUCCCAAAUCAAUUUGAACAAAAUUCAAUCGAAAGCAAAUUCAGAACGAAAUUUGUAAAAUUCUUUACUGAUUUUGUUGCUAAUGGUAAACCAAAUAAAAUAUCAGGAAAGGCAGUGAGGCAAUGUGAAGCAUUAAAUUACAAAUCAACAAACCCAAGUCUGAAAUGUAACAUUGUUGAGUUUGGAAAUGAUUUUACAAUGAAACUAACUGGAGAAAUUGACCCAACAAUUGCUGAAUUUUGGAACAAUAUUGACCCAACAAUGAUGGGAACAAAAGAAGAUUCACUAGUGUCGCGUAAUGAAGUAUUUCAGAUUUUUAAAAUUCAUUCAGGUCAUACCAAUUAAGGAAGUUUAUGAAAUAAUUUUUUUUUUAAUUUAGUUUUGAUUUAAUUUAGUCUUUGAAUCACAUAGAUUUACAAUGUAAAUGUUGUCUACAGAGAAAAAAUAUUUGUUAUUUAAUAAUAAUAAUUUAUUCCUUGAUGAUAGACAUUUCUAUCUGAAAGUGUAAUUAAUAAAGGUAUGAAAAUU